AUGCGUAGCUUUGCGGGGCGCCUUGAGGGGCUGGAGAAGUCACAGUCCAAGUUCGAGGAGAAUUUGGACGCUGAGGGCAACAAGCGCGGGGGAAAGAGCAAAAGCUACGACGCUCCGAUGACGCCUACCGUGAAUUCGAGUUCUGACGAUAACUUCGAGGUGAUUGACAACCGUCGCAGUACUUCAGGUAGCACCAGCCUGGCUACGCAAUACCGCUGUCCGACAUACAGCGUCUGUAUGUGGCUGCGCAGGCAGCGCAGCUUUGCAGUCACAGCCACCAGCACAGCAAGGAGACAACACCAAAGCCACGUGCAAGCCCGCUAUCCGGACGUGCGGCAGAAGAAUCUAGCGACCUGUCCUUUUGGCGGGAAAGCGUUGUAUGCUGGCCUCGGCGCCAGCUUCCUCGAGUGA